GCAAAUUCUCGAAUUUGUAACUGCGCAAUCCUGCGCGACCACAACAGCUAUGGGUACCGGUAAGAAGGAAGCCAAUCGCAAGAUUAAGCAGGGGAAGGUUGGCGAUGGCAUGGCCAAUGUCAAAACGAAGGGUGAAAAUUUCUACAGAGAUGCAAAGAAAGUCAAGUCCUUGAAACGAUUGACAGAAGGCAAAGCUAGACACAAUGCUGCUGGUGAUAUCGUACAAGCUGCGAAGUUCCAAAGCAAGACCCUUCCCUCCGCUAGAGUCGAGCCAAACAGAAAAUGGUUCACGAACUCGAGAGUUAUAUCACAAGAUGCCCUCGCCUCCUUUCGAGAAGCUAUGGCUGAACGAGCAUCCGAUCCAUACAGCGUCUUGUUGAAGACAAAUAAGCUACCAAUGAGUUUGAUCCGAGACGGGCAAGGAAAGAAUGGACUCAAAGAGCACCAAGCAAAAAUGGCUGUGGAAGCAUCGCCUUUUGGGGAAGUCUUUGGACCCAAAGCUCAGCGAAAGAGAGUCAAGAUUGGAGCCAGUUCCUUGGAAGAUCUUGCGGAGCACAGUGUGAAGAGUCAUGAUACUUACCUGGAUCGUCUCGAACAGGCAAAACUGCUCAGCGGCAACUCUAUCGAGACGGAAGCGGUCGGAGAGGCUGCUGAGAUAGACGACGGCCAAAUUACCAGCGCCAGAGAAGCUAUUUUCAGCAAAGGCCAAAGCAAGCGGAUAUGGAAUGAGCUGUACAAAGUCAUCGACUCGUCCGACGUUGUCAUACAUGUUCUGGAUGCAAGAGAUCCCCUGGGCACUAGAUGUCGGAGUGUUGAGAAGUACAUUAGGGAAGAGGCACCACAUAAACACCUGAUCUUUGUUCUAAACAAGUGCGAUUUGGUGCCUACUGGCGUUGCUGCUUCUUGGGUUAGAUUUCUCUCGAAAGAUUAUCCUACACUCGCAUUCCAUGCAUCCAUUACCAAUUCCUUUGGCAAAGGUUCCCUCAUUCAACUUCUCCGCCAAUUCUCUUCCCUCCAUUCUGAUCGUAAACAAAUUUCAGUUGGAUUCAUCGGAUAUCCAAACACUGGAAAAUCAUCAAUCAUCAACACACUCCGAAAGAAAAAAGUCUGCACGGUCGCCCCUAUACCUGGCGAGACCAAAGUAUGGCAGUACAUCACUCUAAUGAAGAGAAUCUACCUCAUUGACUGUCCCGGUGUUGUACCUCCAAGUAGUACAGACACGCCGCAAGAUAUCUUGUUACGGGGUGUAGUCAGAGUAGAAAACGUGGAGAAUCCAGAGCAGUAUAUUCCUGCAGUUCUCGCAAAGACCAAACCACAACACAUGGAGCGAACGUACCAGAUUAAGGCCUAUACUACACAUAUCGAGUUCCUUGAGUUGUUGGCUCGGAAAGGUGGAAGGCUACUACACGGUGGUGAGCCAGAUGUCGAUGGUGUGGCCAAGAUGGUAUUGAAUGACUUCUUGCGUGGUAAGAUUCCUUGGUUCACAGCACCACCUAUCGUUGAAGGCGCGGAAGAAAAGGGUGUUGAGGGCCGUCAAGGAAGACUUGGGGAAAUGGGCAGAAAACGAAAGCGAGACGAUGAAUCCGUCGCGGACACCUCGAUUGCAGAUGUUUCGACACUUGGUGGAGAUGACGCACAGGAUGCUGAAUUUGAAGGCUUCAGUGAUGAUGGUGGUGCGGAGCUUGACGAUGUUGUGGGUGAUGUUGACGAGGCAUUCGGACUCGAUUCAGAAGACGAGGAGAGCGAUGUUGAAUUAGAUGGCGAGGAAGACAGUGAGUCAGAUGGCGAUGGCGGGCCCUCGGAGCAAUUGCAAGAAGAGCUACAUGAUCGUAUCGACGACUCGAAACAAGACUCGAGGAAACCUUCAAAGAAGAAACGUCAAAAGACUUGAAGAAUAGAAUAACAAUCAAACUUUGAUCGCCAAUAAUUUUUAAAAAGAG